AUGGAUUCACCCGAGGAUAAAGUGACAUUCUUUAAUGAUAACUCUCCACCUUCACCGGCAACAACUGACGUCCGUGAUUAUGCUCAUCAACUCAGCGAAAGGAAACGUCUUGAAGAUCAGAGGCGUCAGGAAGAUAGGUUCCUGCGCCGUUCACUGCGUCAAUCAGAUAAGCUACGUUCCCUGGCCCGUGCUAAAAGAGUCGCUAAGGAAUUAAAAGAAGCCACUUCAGCUCAAAAUAACUUAGCGUUCGAUGAUAGUGAGGAUGACCAAAAUUACGGCGACUUCAUUCGUGAUCUACGGCAAAGGUUAAGGAAGGGUAAAGUGGUAGGCAGUGAGUCCUCAGAUAUUGACGAAUUGGCUGACGAGGAAUGGGAAUGGUUAGCAAACAAAGUCUCCGACAAAUCUGUUCUCCAAGCUUUUAAUCUCCAUAAUGUUAUCGCAUCUGCUUUUGAAAGAACUCGGGCAAAGAUGGGUGAUAUUCCAAUGGACCGUUGGGCCGGCGGUGACUGUGCCAUCCCGGCGCUCAAUGCAGUCACUUGGGAUCUCAAAAAUGUCCCUUCGGUUAAUCGAACUCCCCAGAUUGUGGAACUUCUUGCUAUAUUGAGGAAACCUCAAGUUGUGGAAGUGUUAACCGCUUUCGAUGAUGUGAAACGAGUUUGGAUGGAGCAGACAAGGGGGAAGAUAUUUACUUUCAAUGAUAGUCCGAAUGUCGAAACUGUAGAAAGAACAGUCUACCCUAGUCCUGUUAAGGGCUGCUACAAAAUUCUUGCUGUCGACGAUCAAGGUAACACUGUAUCAACUCCUGACGGAACUACUCUCGUCAAUGUUAUUUUGCAAAAAUCUGGAGAGGACUUCUUUGGUGCUACCGUGCGAAAUGAGGGUUCUGCGAUUGUGAUUGGGCGAAUCAUAAGUGGAGGCUUGAUUGAACGAACUGGACUACUGAACGAAGGGGAUGAGCUUCUUUCGGUCAACGGGGUCGAUUUGAUGGGCAAGGACGUAGAUCAUGUCUCGCAUAUUCUUACAAAUCUCGAUGGACAUAUCGAUCUACUGGUCGCGCCAGUUGUGCCGAUAACAGAGGCAUCGCUCUUUCAAGAGGAUCCUGUGGCGCAUUUGCGAGCUCUCUUCAGCUACGAACCUGCAAAUGACAUCUACAAUCCCUGCCCAGAGGCUAGCGUUGCCUUCGACAAGGGGGACAUCUUGCGGAUUCUAAACACCCGUGAUCCCAAUUGGUGGCAGGCUCUUAGAAUCGAAGAGACGGGUGCUGUGGGUGUAUCUGGCUCAAUGGCGGGACUCGUCCCCUCGCCUUACUUCCAACGUUAUCGUUGCCUCCUUCGAAUAAAGCGGGAAGGCGCCUACACCGAGGAUGCAGCAGCCGGCUAUUCUGAGUCCGAGGCGUCUGAGCAGGAGGAUGGUGGGGCAGAUGUAGUACAUGGCCUUGUUGAUGGUGACAUCUCCUCGUUGAACGCAUCAAGGAGCAGUUUAAGUCUAUGGAUGUCGUCAAAUGCGACUACCCCUACAACUGGAGGGGAUGGACAGGGCUUCGAGGCACUUGACAAGGAAUACCUCUGGAGCUCCCACGGCGUUGGUCCGAAACAGCUGAAGAAGUUGCGGAAAAAGAGGUCACGAAAAACGCGCCUUCUUAACGUGGUUACAAGUCGCUUUACUCAUUCCACUUCCCGUCGCGCCAACGAAUACGAGAUUUCCAAGGAAAUCAGCAGCCUCAGGCAAACUGACGGCGAUCAAUUGCGACAACUGGUAGAGGAAUCAGUAAGGGACAAAAUUCGUCGACCUAGCCUUCUCACAUACGAGCUGGUUGAUCUUUACUACCCUCAGCCUGAACGCAAACGUCCUUUGGUCUUGGUAGGCCCUAAACAUGUCGGCAGGCAACAAUUAAUAGAAGGGCUAUUGCGGAGUGAACCAAGGCGUUUUUCUAUGCCCAUUAUCCGCAAGUCAAUGUCUUAUACCACUGAUCCUGAGGCUAAGUCGACGGAAUUUCAGACCUACGAAAACGUGACUAAGCAGGACUUUCAUCGUCUGCACAAAGAACGGGCCUUUGUUGAGUGGGGCGUCUAUAAUCGUCACUACUAUGGCACCAAAGUUGCUAGCAUUGAGAGCAUCAUUAAGGCUGGCAAGGUCUGCGUACUCGCCCUUCGACCUGAUUCAAUUCGAGCCAUUAGAAGGACACCCUUUCUGCCCUGCGUUAUCUUUGUCUCACCACCAGACAAUCUGGAGGAGAUGCGCAAGCUCAGCAAACAGUGGACAAACUCGGCAGCCAAUAUUCCCGAUGAGGAGUUGAAGGCAUGCAUAGAAGAGAGUCAGAAGAUGGAGCAGCACUAUGGACACUUCUUUGAGUUUCUCAUUAUUCCGCGAACCUCAGAGACAGCGCUGGCAGAGUUGAAGCAGGCAGCUCUAGAUUUGGAGCGUCGACCACAGUGGGUGCCGGCGCAGUGGAUCGAUCUCGCCUGGCAAGUGGCAGCCCAAGCCAGCAUCAACGCCACAGGAACAACUAACGAUGCCGCCCUACUUAUCUCGGAUUGA